AUGGUGAAGCUGCCAAAAUCAGAGAAGAGUAAACCCUUAUCGUCACAACCGCACCAAGAAACACUACUCCAUCAUUUUAAACUAAUAUCAGUCAACUUUAAAGAGGCAGCAUUGGACAGUCCCAGCUUUAGAGCUUCUAUGAAUCAUUUAGAUUUGCAAAUAAAUACAAUUGAGCAAUGGCUAGCUGCUUUGGCUAGCUCAUUUAAAAAAAUUCCAAAGUAUUUGAAGGAGGUGCAAAGCUAUUGUAACUCAUUUUUAGAGCAUUUGGUUCCUACUUUUAUACAGGAUGGAAUUAUAGACCAAGAGUAUACAGUUACUGGUUUAAAUACUACUUUGGACGGCUUGAAGACAGUGUGGGGUUUGAGUAUUCAAGCAUUGAGCGUUGACGCAAAGAACUUGAAAUCCAUUGAAUUAUUUAAACGUCACCAUGUGACAAAGUACAAAGAGACAAGAAAACGAUAUGAAGAUUAUCAGGCAAAAUAUGAUAAAUAUUUAAGUAUUUACCUUUCAAGUUCAAAAUCCAAAGAUGCUUUAAUGGUAAUAGAGGAUGCUAAACAGUUAUAUCAAGUGAGAAAAGAAUACAUUCACGCUUCUUUGGAUUUGGUGAUUGAAAUUCAAAGCUUGUCCAAGAAUUUGAAUAAACUAUUGGUGGGGGUAAAUACUGAUUUAUGGAGGAAUAAAUGGAAUAUAUUUGGUUCUCGUGGUGUAGGGGAUACUAUAAGAGAAGAAUGGGAUAAGAUACAGCGAAUACAAUCUUGGAAUGAUUCUUACACACUAGCAAUCGAAAAAUUGAAUUCUGAUAUGCUUACAGCUAGAAAUCAAGUUGAAGAGGGAUGUCAUAUACAGUUUCAACCUUCUACCAACGUAAACGACUACAAGUCGACCAUAAUAAACAAUCGAACAUUACGUGAUAUUGACGAGCCCGGUAUUGAAAAACACGGGUAUUUGUUUAUGAAAACGUGGAUGGAGAAAUCAUCCAAACCUAUAUGGGUUCACAGAUGGGCUUUCAUUAAAAAUGGUGUGUUUGGUUUAUUAGUUGUCAGUCCGUCACAAACAUUUGUUCAGGAAACUGAUAAAAUCGGCAUAUUAUUGUGUAAUGUUAGAUACGCCCCCAAUGAGGAUCGGCGAUUCUGUUUUGAAAUUAGAACUAAUGAUUUUACAGCUGUGUUUCAAGCUGAAUCGUUAGUUGAAUUAAAAUCUUGGUUAAAAGUGUUUGAAAAUGAAAAGCUUAGAAUUUCUGGUCCAGAAGCAUUAGAUAAUGGGCUAUUCAAUAUUGCAUCAGGAAGAUUUCCUCCUAUAAUUAGUGAAUUUUCAUCCACUGUCGAUACAGUUAUUGAUCAACAAUUGACAAAUGCAAAAGUCACUUUAGCAGGAGGGCAAGUUGUUGCUGCAAGCUCAUUAUCGAAUCAUCUCGAAAGAUUCGAGGAUUUUUUCAAGAAAUAUAUGUACUUUGAAAUACCUAAGAUUUGCCCACCAUUUAUGACAGACACUACGAAAUCAAGUAUAAUGGCCUACUGUUUGACUUCUCCAACUCAAAUACCAAAUGCUUUAACAGCUAAUAUUUGGGGAUCUGUUAAUUGGGGUUUAUAUUAUUUGCAUGAUACAGCAAGGGACUCCAGCACGUAUUUGCCUGGCAAAGACACGGAAAUGAUCAAGUUCCAAGAAGAGCAUUUUGAAAAUGACAAAUUCUACCCCGACUUUUAUCCAAAAGAAUAUGUGAAUUUGGACAUACAGAUGAGGGCUUUGUUUGAAACUGCAGUUGAACCAGGUGAAUACUGCGUUUUAUCAUAUAGUUGUAUUUGGUCUCCUAAUUCGAAGCAGGAAUUGAGUGGAAGAUGUUUUGUCACAAACUAUCACAUGUACUUUUAUAUGCAAGCGUUGGGCUUUGUUGCUUUAUUCAAAGGGUUCUUGGGACAUUUGGUUUCUGUAGAUUUUGUUUCGCAGAAAAAUUAUGAUUUAAUUAAGGUUUACAAUAUUGAUGGCGUUAUAAAAAUGAAGGUAUUUUUGGAUGAUGCAAAUUGCAUAAAAAAGAAAUUGGUUUAUCUUAUAAACAAUAUUGUGAGUGAUAAACCAAAAAGUUUACAAGGAGUGUUGGCUGACUUUUCUGAUAUAGAAAAGCAAAUAGCAAUUGAAAAGUCUGAUGAAAAAAACUUAAGAGAGAUUAACCAGCUUUCAAAAGGGCUUUCUAGCAAGAGCUUAGCAAGUGAGAAACUUUUAUUGAGUGGUGAAACAUCAUCAAUCCUCCCUGGUCAGAGUGGCCGAAUGAUCAAACAUAAAGUUAACUUUACGCCAGAUUAUAAUUUAAUUAGUGAGCGUACUUACCCUGCUCCACCAAAGGCAGUCUUUCAUGCACUAUUAGGUGAUAAUUCUGUGAUUUUCAGAAGUCAAUUGUCUUUUGCUAGUACCAAGUAUUUUUUGCAAAAACCAUGGGCGACCUCCAAUAAGGGAACAUUAUAUAGAGAUAUUAAUGUUCCUGCCAUGUAUGAUGGGAAGGAUUGUUUUGUUCAAGUGAAACAAGAAAUUGACAAUAUGGAAGAUAAUACUUAUUAUACUUUUACUCACGAAUUGUCCAAAUUUGAGUUAUUGCUUGGAUCACCAUACAAAGCUGUAUUCAAAAUUGUGAUAGUGGAGCACAUUAGCAAAAGGUCAAAGGUGUUCAUUUACUCCAAAAUUUAUUUUGACAGACUUUCACUAUGGAACCCAUUAGUGAUACGAUUGAACAAUCAAGUUGAUGUUAAUAAAGUCAAGAAGUUGGAAAAGAGCAUUUCUGAAGCGGUAAAAGAGAUUGGAACCCAUGGCAUGAUUGUGAGAGCCAUUUAUUUGUACGGGAAAUUGAGUCAUACUAGUGAGCCGGAAGCUGUUACAAGUACUUCAGUUAUAAAAUUUGGUAUUGUAUCUCUUUUCAAGUUGGGCUUGGGGAAGGCAUUCAGCAAGGCGCAUGGAUUUGCCCUUAAUGCUAUUAUCAAACCAUUUCAACUAAUGGUUUUGUUGCUAGAAAGCUUAAGAAUGAAUGUAUUUUUGGUUGUUAUUAUAAUUCUUUUAUCACUUUUCAAUUUAUUUUUGGCUGGGAAGACUGCUACUAGUUACUGGAAUACUAGGAGCGCAAGCAAAUUGGCACAAGAGUAUGUCACUAAAGAACCUCGAAUGUUGCAACGAUCAAUUUAUUUAAAAGAUCUUGAAAACAUAUUGAAUAAAAACGUUACUAUAGCAGAGAGUCGACCAUUUAGCUUGUUCAAACAGAAUUCGUUUAUUUUUAACUUGGACGCUGAUACUGAAUGGAGUAAUUAUUUUGGUUCUAACUCAAGAGAUGUGGCCAGGCUGUUGAAGAACAGUUUUCAAGACAUAGGAAUAAAACGUCACGACCUAUUAGUGAAGUUGAGGAUUUUGAAAAGUAUGGAAGAAGAAAUUAUCCAGGCAGAAUGGCAAAACUGGAUUAUGAGUGAGGCUCAGAAAUGUGACUAUGUAAUGGACAAUGUUGUUGGGCAAAUAGAUAAAGUCGACAACUAUCAAGAAGGCAUUGACAAUUUAGUCGAGUAUUGUCAAGAAUGUAAGGCCAUUUUAUCUGAAUUGAUUUAG